AUGAUUCCUGGUGAUGAAACAGAAUCUUUGAGUUGUGAUACUCCGUGCAAGUCAGACGAAGAUUCAUGUGUCAAUGCAGAAUGGUUCACAUCUGAAUUCUUAAAUGAUUUCAAAUGCUCUGGAAUUCCAAACCAUGCAAUUAAGCUGAAAGUUGAUGUCCCUAUCAUGCUCAUUCGAAACAUAGACCAAGCUGCAGGGUUGUGUAAUGGCACUCGAAUGAUAGUCAAUGCUUUGACUAAAUAUAUAAUUGUUGCUACUGUUUUAAAUAGAAACAAGAUGGGAGAAACAACAUUUAUUCCCAGGAUGAGCUUAACUUCAUCUAAUUUUGACAUUCCAUUCAAAUUCCAGCGCUGA